AUGUCUCGUCUCGUCUUUCCUCCACUGUGUGUUUCUUCCCUCGCGACGUUCGCUUCUUGUUCCUCGUCCGCGUUGAAGCCUUCGCGUAUCGCGUCGUCUUCUCUCGCUGCUCCUUUUCUCGCUCCUUCUUCUCUCGCUGCUCCUUUUCUCGCUCCUUCUUCUCUCGCUCCUUCUUCUCUCGCUCCUUCGUCUCUCGGUUUCCGUCUCUCUGCUCCUCGUCUCGGAGGCCCUGUCACUCUGCGCGUUGCGCGGCGCCGCGAAGCUCUCGACUUCGAGCGUCUUCUUCGGCGGCAAGAAAACGCGUUUUCGCAGGAUUCUUCGCCGAAACCCAACUCGCCGCCUGCCUCGUCUGCAGUCCAGGCUGGCCGUAAAUUGAAGACCUCUUCCACUUCCUCCGCCGCCUCCAAUUCAGCCGCUUCGCCUCAGCCGUCUCCAUCUUCUCCGCUUUCGUCGCUGACUUCCGGAAGGUCGCCGGGCGUGGACGGUCGAGCGUUUUUGAGACGCGGCGGAGCCUGGCAGGAACCGCUGCGCAGUGUCGAGAAGGACGAGGGUGAGAACCUCGCGUCUUCCGCGUUCCUCAGUCGCGCGUUUGGACCCGUGGAGGGCCAGGUGAUCCACGCGCUCCGUCAAGCUGUCCAGAGCCGCAGGCGAGAGGAGCGCGAGAGACGGACCAGCGAGCGGGAAGCGGAGAGACGCGCGAGAGACAGCAACUGCGAAGAAUCGAGAGACAGCCUCGCCUCAAGGCUCGGCCAGGAAACUUCCAAAGGUUCAGAGCCGCCAUCGAGUUCUCCCGCGUCACAAACCGGCGGCGAACACAGUCUUCAGACUCCCCUUCCUUCCCCUCCUACUUCGUCUUCAGCGGAAUUGGUUGAGUUGUAUCUCUCGCAUGUCCACAGUUUGCGUCAAGUAGCACCUACGCCGCGCGCGUUCACCGACCUGCACAUCAAGCAUCUGUUGCUUCCAGCCUUCUCGGCCAACGCCCUCGCGCCGCCUUCGUUUCCUUCUUCGCCCCUGAGUGCAGUCGAGGGCGAGUUACCGGCCGCGGGAAAGGACGAAGGCGAGGAGGGACGGUGGAGCCGCAGGGCGCUACCCCACGAGGCUCGGAACGGUCCGGGGCGAGAGGUGCCGAGCGGAGACCGCGGGGCUGCUGGAGCUGGAGAACUGGAGGGAGGCGCGGGGGGCCGAGACUCGAGAGGCAAAGACAGGUUUCUGAGGCUCGGGGAAGCGCCGCAAACGCGGGAACAAACGGGAGAACUGCGCAGAGACGGCAAGGACGAAGGGACUGAGACGGCGCCUCGCGUUCUCGCGGUGUCUGUCCACCGCGACGGAGGGGAACUCCGCGAGGCAGGUUCCCGGGACGAGAGUCUGCCUGCAUGGAAGACAGACGCGAGAGAAGACGCGCUGCUUGAGUGGAGUCAAGAGACGCCCGUCAGAACAGAAGAGAGGGAGAAGGAGGAACGCGAAAGACGAAGGAAACUCGCCGAAAAACAUGCAGAGAUUCUCGCGGCAGACAUUCGGGUUCCAGGCCUCUCUGCGGUGCAAAGCGGGGCGGCGGAGGAAGUGGCUGCUUGGCUGACCCACAGGGAGCGGAAGGCAGGAGAGGCAAAUGACAGAGGAAAUCUCGAGAGAGCUGGGCAGAGGGAACAGAAUAGGCCAGUGCAAGAGCUCGGUGCGUCUCGCGCCUCGCCUCCGGACAGCGAGGAGAGCUUCGCGAACGCCGCCUCGCUUGCAAGAGGGACGGCCCCCCCUGAGGAACCGUCGUCUUCUUCCUCGUCGUUGUAUCGGGCGCUGUCCUCGUCCUCUUCUUGGGUUCCAGAAGAAGACAAGUGCGCCGCUUCCUCUUCCCAUUCCUCAUCUUUGUUUGAAUUUCGUGGAGGGCGGGAACCGGGCGCCUCGCCUGCGGCGUUGAUUUUCUCUCCCGAGGAAACGACGUCGCAGAAAACUUCGUCUUUCGCAUCCGCUUCUUCAGAUUUUGAUCAUUUACCGUCGACAGACGCUUCUCUUGGUGCCCCGUCGUUUAUCCUCGCCACCGCAAAUGCACGCAUGCGAGAUCGACUCGUCUGUUCUCUCUACCCUCGCAACCGGUCAAAUGAAGACUUCAUUCUCCCUGCUGCCUCUUCUUCCUCUUCUGCGUCUUCUUCCUGUUCUUCCUCUUCUUCCUCUUCUUCCUCUUCUUCUCUUCUUUGUUCUGGUGUCUCUUCUGAGGCUCGUGAGAGCGAGGAAAUUGUGUCAGGUGUCUCUCUUGCUCGGUUGCCCGAAACGCGUCCUUGGCACGAGGAAGGGAUGAAGAAAGAAGAGCGGGGGUUUCCCGAGACGAGCGAAGGUCUGCUUUCUGACGACGAAGCGGAACAAUUCAUGAAGGCUGUCUUUUCCGAAGCCUGGGAGAAGGCAGGAACUCGAGGCAUGGAGACAGCGCCUCUGGAGAGCUCGCUUGCGGGCUCAGUUCCGUCUUCCUUAGGAAGGAGACGCGCGCCUCCUAUGCGGGGACUGACUGCGGAGGGACGGGAAAAGGCGACACUCGAGGCUAGAUGCAUCCCCCGGGAUGGCGAGUCGAGUCCUCCCUCCCACAGGGCGUCUCCUUUUCAAGGGCCCUCUGCCGCCCGCGACGCGGCUGUGGGGUCAGCCUCCCCCGCUGGAGCCCCAAGGGAAAACGGAGACGCCUCACUCCCGGCGCAGGAGACACGAGGUCGACUGAACGCAGAGGAAGCGCGGGGACGAAGGAGACAGGCCGCAGCCCGUGAGAACGACGAGAAGGAACUGAGUCGGUUGCAAAAGAGAGAACAGGAACGCGAAGAAGUUUCCGCGAGAAGAAGCACGGAAUUCGACAUGCACUGGGUAGCCGCCUGUGCAGGCCUCGCAGGCGCCGAGGCCCUCGGAGCUGGCCCUCAGACCCCACAGCGAGGCCAAGUGAGAAUGGGACACGAGCGCGAGCGCGCAAUGGAGACAGACCACGGAGAACUGGACUCCGGGUUCCAGGGAAGAAGGCGUCGACACGAAGGUGGUCGCCUUUUCUCGUCCGCGGGAGAGACCGGGGAGACACAAGACAACGGCAAAGCAACGGCGGCGUCCUCACGGACUGGCUUUCGUGGAGAAGACGAGGCGUGGCCCAUGUCCGCCGAGCGCGAAGAGUGGGGAACACCCACACAGAGGAAAGAAGACGGAGAAAGGCCAUCUGAGAGCCCCAGCGCCGCUUUCUCCUCGCGUCGAGACGGAGAAGAAAAGGCCAGUCGCGACACAGCGAACGAUGGCGACCGUCCGCCACUGCCUCCCGACCCCUUCGAGGACAUGCGCCAAAUCAAAAUGAAUUGCGAGCUCGUCGAGUUCUGGAGGGAACGAGGCGCCACGGACUUCGGCCUAUACAACGCGUGCCGACUUCCCUUUACUACCAAGUUAGGCGCACUGGCUGCCUACCGAGCAACUCGCGAGAGCGCUGCUGUCUUCGACGUCUCGUUUCGCCGCGUGUGGCAUGUCCACGGGCGGGACCGUCUCUCUGUCCUGGACAUGCUCCUGUCCUGCGACUUGGAGCGCGGCAUGCGGGUAGGAGACGCGCAGUACGCCGUCCUUCUGGACUCUCGAGGUCUCAUUCUGGACGACUGCUUCGUCGCAAAGCUCCGCAGCCGCGUGGAGGUCUGGCUAUCAGGCGCCGCACCCGCCCACUGCUUUGACUACGUCGCUCAAUUCAUCAACUACUGCCGGCAAACGGGACUGGACGUCGCCCUCACGCCGCUCCUCUCUUCGGCAUGCGUCAUCGCUCUUCAAGGGCCUCGCGCGUUUGAAAUCCUCGCCGACCGAGUGCGAGCGUUCGAUCUUUCCUCGUCCUGUCAAUCUUCCCCUCCUCUCUCUCCAUCUCAAUCUUCUCAACCUUCUCAAUCUUCUCAAUCUUCCUGUAGGUCUUCUUCGCUCUUUGACGCUGCCUUAGACGACACUGGACCCACAGGGAGAACAGAAGAAGGCCAAGGUGAUCGACGUUCCUCUCCGAGUCCAGUUGAAAACAGCGAAGAGCGGGACGAUGGACAAUUCCCUCGCGUGCAAAUGCGGAGUGCUUGGGGGACGCCUCUGAGCGUCAAGGAGCUCGUGGACUUGCCGUAUAUGUCAGUGUUCGAGAUGGACAUUGCGACGGGACAAAAUGCACUCGACCGGACUGGCUGCCGUUGGGAAAGAGCGACUUGCCUUCGAUUGGGCUCGACGGGAGAAGACGGAAUUGAAAUGUCGUUCGCUUCGCCUCUUCCCGCACUGGCGUUUCUUAAGCUUCUUUUCCUACCUUCCUCGACGGCUUCUCGUUCUCUCGCGGCUUCCCACUCCGCGUCUCGCCGCCCUGAUCCUCGGCUGUUUUCUCCGUCCACUUCUUCGGUCUCUGCGUCCUCGCUUGCUGAGGCGACUGGUGGUUCUGCGACUGCUCUCGUUCCUACGCUCGGGGGUCUGCAUGCACUGGAUAUGCUUCGCAUGGAGUCUGGACUCGUGCGCGUCGGCGUGGACGUGAAGACGCACCACGCCCUUCCCCAGGCGUCUCUCUGUUCUCUUUUGUCGCUCUACAAAAUCCGCCGGAGGCUGCUUUUGAGCUACGAAGCGAUUCAAAAGCAGUUCACUCUCGGCGCGAAAACGCAGCGCGUGGGAAUCAUCGUGGGGCGCACUGACCGCCUCGCCUCAGUCGCUGCCUGGGUCAGAGAAGAAGAUCGAAAGCGAAGAGACAGUCAGCGCCGUUGGCUGUCUUUGCGGUCGCGCCUGGCCCAAGCAAAGCCGGGGACGACCGGCGAAAGACGCAAACAUCACAACUUUCCGGGGGACGCGCGGCCUUCGCCGUCCAAGAUGGCGUCCCUGCAGCCUGGCGAGGACAACGAAAACGAUCUGUCGUUUCUAACCCUUGGAGCAGGAAGGUGGCUGACUGUGUUCCGCCGCAUAGAAGGCACCAGCCAUGGACAUCGCCCGACGGAAACGACCAUGUCGAACUCGACACCAGCGCCCGUUGCACAGGAGACGCCUCAGCAGCGCGAUACAGUCGAAAUGGUUCACCCUGGCUGGGUUGUCAUCGAUGACGGAUGGCAAGAGGCCAGCCCGUACCCACCUUUCGAGAGGCGAGUGGAUACGAACAGAGCACAGAAAACGGGUCUAUGGGGCAAAGAUCGAUGCCCAGGCCCUGGCCACACUUGUGUCGGAGGGUACGCUAGACUCGACCGCUGUCUCCUCUCUUCGUGGCUAUCUACUCGCGGUGCAGCAGGCAAAUGCGCUGUAUCUGCGUCAAGACACCGAGGGGGAAACGGAGGCAACGGAGCUUCAACAGACAAACGGGGAGACACCCAAAGGCCGGCAAAUGCUUUCGUCUUCCUCUGCAUGCAGGGAAACAAGCGUCGGGGAGACUGGGACAUGUUCCGGAUCUCUGCGUGGCACAGUCGCAUCCACGCCGUUGCCCGCAUCAUCUCAGGAGGGCCCGUUUAUAUCUCUGACUCUGCAGAACAUUUGAAAGAGAGCUCCAACGAUGGAGGAAUGAAAUCUUGGCGUAAGCUCCUGCACCAGCUGAGACUUCCGGGGUGCACGUUGCCAAUGAUGGGCAGGUGCACUGGAGCCCCCUGUCCCACGAUGGACAGUGUUUUCUUAAAUCCCAUAACAACGCCACAAGGGUAA